GACCUCCGAGGCAUGAUGGGAGGUAUAGUUCGUCGUGGCCCGCUUCCGCGAGGCCUGAUGGACGCUGUAGUUUGAUCUGCUGCGGGGAGCGGGGGGAGUGUCGCCGGGCAGUGUCAAAGCGCAGGGGUUGUUCUAGUCCAGCCCUCCCUCAAUGGCUGCAGCCUGGCAGUCGGGGAGCGCUGCUCGUCCUGCUGGUGUGUGAGGGGCCGUGUGCCCGGGGACCUGGCUCUGGGCGCGGGGAGAGGAUGAGGGGGCUGUGCAGAGAAGGGCCCUGGAUGGUGGUGCUGGCGGCUCUGGUACUGCUGCUGGUUUCCACCCUCUGGGAGGGUUCGAAGGCGCGUCCUGUGGCCUGGGGACACCUCGGCGCUGGCAGGAGCCAGAGGGCACGCAACGUGGUGAUGGUGAUGUGCGAUGCCUUUGAUGGAAGGUUGACAUUUUAUCCAGGAAAUCAGACCGUGAUCCUACCUUUUAUAAAUCUCAUGAAAAGAUAUGGCACUGUUUUUCUCAGUGCCUACACCAAUUCUCCAAUAUGUUGUCCUUCUCGUGCAGCUAUGUGGAGUGGCCUUUUCACUCAUUUAACAGAAUCUUGGAAUAACUUCAAAGGCUUAGAUCCAAAUUAUACAACGUGGAUGGACCUGAUGCAAAAGCAUGGCUACCGAACUCAGAAAUAUGGGAAACUAGAUUAUACUUCGGGACAUCACUCGGUGAGUUUCUAUCUUUGGAGUACCAUCUGUCAGCAAAGGAGUAACCGUGUGGAAGCUUGGACAAGGGAUGUUGAUUUCCUGCUCAGACAAGAAGGCAGACCCAUGGUGAAUCUUACUGGCAACAAGACAUUUGUGAGAGUAAUGGAAGAAGAUUGGCAGAAUACUGAUAAAGCAGCAAGUUGGAUAAGGAAAGAAGCCACUAACUUUAGUCAACCAUUUGUUCUUUACUUGGGAUUAAAUUUACCACAUCCAUACCCGUCACCCUCUACAGGGGAAAAUUUUGGGUCCUCUACAUUUCUAACAUCUCCCUAUUGGCUUGAAAAGGUGACGUAUGAAGCCAUUAAAAUUCCAAAAUGGCCUCCUCUUUCAGACAUGCACCCAGUAGAUUAUUAUUCUUCUUACACCAAGAAUUGCACUGGGAAGUUUACAAGGAAAGAAAUCAGAGAUAUCAGAGCAUUUUAUUAUGCUAUGUGUGCAGAGACGGAUGCCAUGCUUGGUGAGAUCAUUUCAGCUCUAAGUGAUACAGGACUUCUUAAAAGAACCAUUGUUAUAUUCACAGCAGAUCAUGGAGAACUUGCUAUGGAACAUCAGCAGUUUUAUAAAAUGAGCAUGUAUGAAGCAAGUUCCCAUGUUCCCCUUCUAGUUAUGGGGCCAAACAUUAAAGCUCAUCAUCACCUAUCAAAUGUGGUAUCUCUUGUAGAUAUUUAUCCAACUAUGCUUGAUGCUGCCUCCAUGAAGCCACCUGUUCACCGUAGCAGGAUGCAGAUCUAUAGACUGAUGCAUAGCCUACAGAAGCAAUUUAACAAAGAUAUAGCUAGAAUUCCUAUCCCGCAGAAUCUCAGUGGAUAUUCCUUGAUACCAUUGUUGGCUGAAAUGGCAGAAGAUGAAGUCUCAUCCAGAAGGCUGCACCCCACAUGGAUCCUGAGUGAAUUUCAUGGAUGUAAUGCAAAUUCUUCCACCUAUAUGCUUCGAACUGACAAAUGGAAAUAUAUAGCAUAUUCAGAUGGGCAUUCAGUACCUCCUCAGCUCUUUGAUCUGUCUGCUGAUCCAGAUGAACUGACAAACAUAGCCACAACAUUUCCAGAAGUCACAUAUUCCUUGGACAAAAAGCUUUGCUCCAUAGUAAACUAUCCAAGAAUCUCUGCCUCUGUGCACAAGUACAACAAGAAGCAAUUUAUCAACUGGAAACAAAGUUUGGGACAGAAUUAUUCCAAUGUUAUAGCUAAUCUCAGAUGGCAUCAGGACUGGUUAAAAGAACCAAGAAAGUAUAAAGAUGCAAUUCACAGGUGGCUCCAAAUGAACACUAAUGAAUAAAGUAACUGCAACAAGGGAUUACUGAGUGCCCUUAUAGUAACAAUUUCUAUUAAAUGAGCUCAAUGAACGCACUCAGGAAAUGAAUAUAUGCAGUUGUAAUUGCAACACUAUAUAAUUCAUAACAUCACAAUUUGUUUGCUAAUUUAAGAUAGCAAUCCAUGAAAAUAAAGCUCACACAAACUUUUAUAUCCUUGUUAGCAAGUUAAAUGUGUUUGUUUUAUAGCUGACCAUGAUACCAAACCUAGCUCCUCUCAUGUAAAAUUUCAAAUUUCACGGGGUUAAUCAGCUUUUAAGGAUACAUGAGAAGGAAAGUGUGUUUGUGAAUGUGUAUGUGUGUAUAUAUAUAUAUGUAUAUAUGUGUGUGUAUAUAUAGCUUUGUAUAAAAUAUUGUGUAUUAAGAAAAUACAGACUGUAUUAGCCAAUUAAUAUUUAAGCAACAAAAUUCAAAGGAGAUUUUGCAAGGACUAAUUCAAAACUGAAUAAAGACCUCAGGAUUUGAUCCAGUGGGAUACAGAUUAUAGUGAAAUAUUCUAGCACCCAGAUACAUUUUAAAAUAAUAAUGAAAAAGAUUCCCUAACCCCACCCUCCCACACCCACACCAGAAAGGAUGUAGAGCAUCAAAAAAGAGCAAUAACUAGUGUCAGUCUGAACAAAAGUUCUGAGGCUAUGGUAGGUACCUGAAUAGACAACUCACUCACUCUCUCUAAAUAUGUGUGUAUAUAUACACACACAGGCAUAUAAAAAUUAGAGACCUGUGUUUCUUUUUCCUCUCCUAAUGAACUUUGAUGGACAGUUUUCAACAUCUGUUUCUAGGGCCUGCUAUCCAGAACUCAACAGUAUGCAAACUUUGCAUAUAACUCACAGAGCAAUAAAUAGGCAAAUAUAAACACCAAUUUUUCUCUAUAUGUGACAGGAAACUACAAAGCAUGAAGACCAAUGUUUGUGAGUAGACCUAUUCAUUAAUCAUCAACUGUAUGCAGUGCACUGAAUAAAAUAGAUAUAGUCUGCCAGAAAAUCUUAUAGUCUAAGGUACCAAUUCUCCAUGCAAAUGGACACUUACACCUGUAUGCAUCUGAAUGCAGAAUCCGUGACUAAAAGAUAAAAGGAAGGAGAUGUGCUGCAAUGGGAAUCCCAAAGAAAAGAUUAACUUUGAAAAUGUCAAUAUUUUUAAAUCACUUCUAGUAGACCUUACAGAAAAUCAUUCUUACAAAGAAAUGGAGCGUAGGUAGGAAAAUUGACUGGCAACUGUAACCUACUCUGUUUUUUUAAUGAAAUACAUAAUUACAUGAGCAUUUCAAUGUGCAGCUUACUUUUUAAGCUAAUGUACAUGCAGCUGCUAUAGUAACUGUUCACGAUCACAUUAUGCCUCAUUUUUAAGAGCUCUCGAAUAGGAAUCCAUAAUAAAUAUUUCAACAGUAAAAUUAAACUGGCAAAGAUAAACAUGAAAAUACCAUCUGCUUUCUGAGAUUAAACAUUUUACACCUAUUGAGUAACUGAA